AUGGCUAACAAGGAGUGGAAAGAAUUUUUCAGAGAUGCAACAUGUACUGCUCUAGCAGCAGUAAAAUCUGACCACUCCCCCCUCUACAUUAACAAACAGAUCACUAACCAAUGUAGGAAAAGGUGGAAACCAGGCUUUAGAUAUGAAGCUGCUUGGGAUUUACAUGAGGACUGUCAUAGGAUAGUGGCAAAUGGCUGGAAGAGCAUCAAUUCAGAAGGUGCAUCAGGAUACACAGUGAGACAAAAACUAGAAACAUGUCAAAAGGCUCUUCAGCAAAGAAGGAAAAGAAUACAGCAGGAAAACCACAACUCCACUGCAGAGACACUAAAGAGAAUAAGCCAUCUUCAGAACACUGGAACUGGCUCCCAUGUAACAGAAAUGCAACAGCUCCAAAAGAGUGUGGAAACCUCUCUAGCAACAGAUGAUUUAAAGUGGGGCCAAAGGGCAAAGUAG